AGUAUAUAUUUUAUGUAAAUAUCUUAAUCUUUAUUUUCAGAUAAAAAUGCCGCUACCUCCAGCAUUGGCGGCAAGGCUUGCUAAACGAGGACUUUUAAAGGAUUCUAGCGUAGAAGGAUUUGAUCCUCAGCUGGGUAAAGUUGUUGAUAAUAAGAAUCGAGGACGUGACUCCAGCCAGCAAAGUGGGCGGGGAUAUAGAGAAGAACAGGAGGAGGUGUUUGCUGAGGACUAUGAUGAUGUUGCGGAACCUUCUUCUCUCCACCGUCCAGCUACAAUCAAUCAAUCAAUCAAUCAACCAACAGCCCCAAUCCUAACAUCAUCUAACACCAACCUACUGGAUAAAACUAGAUAUAUUGGUCAUGCCGGGUGUCCCAAUAAAUGGAAUAUUCACCAUGAAUGUGUACUGUUCUGUAGAACAUUCUGGGGAGCUGGGCACAAGGAGCCAAUGGAUACGGAGUAUAUCCGUGUACACAACCAGAUGAUCCAGAAGUUCUAUCCUCUACCGGAUGGUUGGAGGGAGAUGUAUGAUGCUGGCACUGCUAGACAUUAUUAUUGGUGUACUAAGACAGACAAAGUAUCCUGGCUUCCCCCUGGCCAUCCUAGAACACUGGCUACCGAGGCUGCCAGUAAGAUGAGAGAGAUCCUCGCUACAGAGGCCAGUCUCAGGAAGGAGGAGGAGGAGGACAACAUGAGUCUCGACAGUGAUAUGGACAACAGCGAGGACGAGGAGGAUCGAAGGCUGGAGGAGAAGAGAAGGAAGGAGAAGGAGAAGAGGAAGGAGGAGGAGAAGAAACUACGCGAGAAGAGGAAGAAGAAGGAGAAGGAGAAGGAGGAAGGGUUCCUGGAUCCGAUGGAUCCUGCUGCGUACAGUGAUGUACCUCGAGGUACCUGGUCUACGGGUUUACCUGAUCAGAGUACAGCCAAGUCAGGAGUAGAUUCUACAGCCUCCGGUCCUCUAUUCCAACAGAGACCGUAUCCAAACCCUGGAGCUAUUCUUAGAGCUAACGCAGCUGCUGCUGCUCUGGAGGAGGAUGAUGAUUAAGUUAUGAAACCUCUCCCUUCCCCCCUGUUACAGGGAUUAAUUCUGAUGAUAAGAUCACAAAUUGUAAAAUUUUAACAAUAGACUUAGUGUGAUUAAAUUAAGAUUGCAUGCUCAGAUGUUACUUGGUGGAAAGCUUUUUACCCACUUUUGAAAACAAUAGCUUUCGAGUAAUAAUAUCAUUUAAUUUUUUUGGGGGGGGGAGGGGGGAAUUGUUCUCAUAAAAAUCAACUGCUGUAAGAUUGUAUUUUCAGCAUUAUUUACUAAACUGCGUCUCAAUAUCUGUGGACCACGCAGUUUUUGUUGAUUUUAAGGAGCUCGUUUGUUUAAUUAUUGGAUUG